AUGUCCUCAUGCGUCACUAUUCUUCGAACAUCUCUCAUCUUCCAACUUCGAACAUCUCUCAUCUUCCAACCGGUGCUUUUUGUUUCACCCGAGCGGUUUUUGAAUAAGGAGUUUCUGUCUGCUAUCUCUGCUGGGUCAGCUGUCUCACUCGUUGUUAUUGACGAAGCACAUUGUAUAUCUGAAUGGUCUCACAAUUUCCGACCUUCAUUCAUGAGACUUAGAGCAUCACUACUUCAUAGAAGUCUUAAUGUAGGUUUUGUUCUCGCAAUGACAGCAACUGCUACGACCACAACCUUAGAUGCCAUCAUGUCUGCCCUAGAUAUUCCUUUUACAAAUCUUAUUCAGAAUGCACACUUAAGGGACAAUUUGCGUUUGUCGGCGUCUUUGAUAAAAAAUAGAAUGAAAGACCUACUGGUUCUGAUAAAGUCUCCUCCUUUUGCGGAUGUUAAAGGCAUCAUAGUAUACUGCAAAUUUCAGUCUGAAACUGAUCAAAUUAGCAGAUACUUGAAUGAUAACAAUAUCUCGGCAAAGAGUUAUCAUAGUGGUAUUUUUGCAAAGGAACGUGGCAACGUACAGGAGUUGUUUGCUUCAAACAAGAUCAGAGUGGUUGUUGCAACUGUGGCAUUUGGUAUGGGACUAGAUAAAAGAGAUGUUGGAGCAGUAAUUCAUUACAGUUUACCUGGAAGUCUGGAAGAGUAUGUACAGCUUAAAUGGCUGGCAGAGGAUAUGGACGAGGACGAGGACGCGGCGGAUUUCAAAAUUAUGCACGACCAGAGCCAUUUGUACUUUUUCCCGAGGAGAAGGUGA